CCUCGUUUGAUUUCCGAUUCAGUGAUUCACCCCUCUGCAACAUAGUUUUACAAAAAUGACGCAUACUCUAACAAUGUUAAAUCGAAUUCUCAUUCUUUCAUUUUACUCAAACCAGCCCUUUCCAGAAUUGGUUCAAACAGGAACUGCCCGAAUUCAUUUUUUUGGUCCUAACAGGAACUAACCUCCUCCGUUUGUUCUAUAAAUUUGUCCUAAUUUCACCAAAAGGAAACCAGAAGUUGGUUCCUCACUGACAAAUCACAUUGUUUUUAGAGUGGAGAAGUAGGCAGCCAUGAUGGAUGCUGAGUUGAGUAAGACUGCUGGGACGUCCAUAAAAUGCAGAGCUGCAGUGGCAAGAGGAGCAGGGGAGCCACUGGUGAUAGAGGAAGUUAUUGUGGCUCCUCCAAAAACUGGGGAAGUUCGGAUCAAAAUCAUAUGUACCUCACUUUGUUUCAGUGAUGUUACUUACUGGAAACUGAAAGAUCUUCCAGGUUAUUUUCCCAGAAUCUUGGGUCAUGAAGCUGUUGGGUGAGUCAUGAUUUGUUCUUUAGGAUUCUGCAUGACUUAAUUCCGCUCAUCUGCAAAUGUAUGAAUAACAGAAGAGCGACUUAAGAAAGAUAGUUUCUUUUUCAGUAUUGCAGCAGGUUGAUUUAUUUGCUUACCCCUAGUCUAGAAUCAAAUGGGGCCUGCCAAAAUAUAUGGUUAUGAAUCUGCAAAACUGUUCCAGUUUGUGAUGAGUAACCUGCAAUAUGUGCCUGAGAGUAGAAACGAUAUGACUAAUAAGGGUGACAGUAAAUUUUAAUGUAUUUUGGCCUUUUCUCUAGUUUUGAUUGAACACAGCAUGGCAAAUAAUUGGAGUUCUGACUUCCAUGUUUAGAAGUAGAUGUUUCUGUUUCUCUAUACUUUCUAAUCUGUCAAAUGUAUGUAUCAAAAUAAAUGGUUCAUCUUCAAAUGAUCUAAAGAGCUCUUUUUUUUUUUUUUUUUUCUCCCUUAGUUAUAUGUAUAAAUAUCAGUUUUUCUAUUUCCUUCUCAUUUUUGCUUAUGUUCUUAAGGGUUGUGGAAAGUGUCGGGGACAACGUUCAUGACCUAAGCGAAGGAGACACAGUUCUCCCAAUAUUUUUGCCAGACUGUGGAGAAUGCGCAGACUGUAAAUCCCAAAAGAGCAACCUGUGUUCAAAGUUUCCAUUUCUCGAGUCUCCUGUGAUGCAUAGAGAUGGGACGACUAGAUUUACCGAUAUGAAAGGGGAGAGUAUAUAUCAUUUCCUUAAUGUAUCAAGCUUCAGUGAGUACACAGUUGUUGAUAUCGCGAACGUGACCAAAAUAGAUCCUGUACUCCCACCAAAUAUAGCCUGCCUUCUUAGCUGUGGAGUCUCAACUGGAGUAGGUGCUGCCUGUAGGACAGCAAAUGUGGAAGCAGGUUCAACAGUCGCGAUAUUUGGUCUUGGAGCAAUCGGAUUAGCGGUUGCUGAAGGAUCAAGAGUAUGUGGUGCUGCAAGAAUUAUCGGAAUUGAUAUAAAUCCAAACAAAUACGAGAUAGGGAAAAAAUUCGGCGUCACUGAUUUCCUGAACUCUGCAACUCUUGGUGAUCAAUCUACGAGCCAGGUGAUCAAGGAGAUGACUGAUGGAGGAGCAGAUUAUUGCUUUGAAUGUGUUGGUACGGCAUCACUGGUUCAUGAAGCAUAUGCCAGUUGCCGAAAGCUAUAUUCAAACGCCGGCUGGGGAAAGACAGUUGUAAUAGGAGUUGACAAACCAGAUUCCCAGCUCAUUUUCAAAUCCGCGGAGGUGCUUCAGAGUGGGAUAACACUCCAAGGAUCUGCUUAUGGAGGGCUCAAACCCAAGUUAGACAUUCCAGUUCUGGUUCAACGAUGUUUGAAGAAGGAACUGGAAUUGGGCAAAUUCGUAACUCAUGAGGUGGGACUGGAGGACGUUAAUAAAGCUUUUGACUUACUGAUAGAAGGAAAGAGCCUUCGCUGCGUGAUUUGGAUGAACAAAUAA